CUCGAAACCUUGAAAAUCAAAUCAAUAUAAAUUAAUACCAAAAUAAAAAUAUAAAUGUAAUAAAUAGCUUUAAUAUUUAACCUUUUCUAUAUUUUUAGUAUUUGAUCAUACAUUAUUUAAGUUUAUUUAAUAACUAUUAAUUUUUAUUUUAUAUUUAAGCGAUUUCGCGGUACUAUAUAAUACAUCCCAAACGUAGUGAAAUGAUACAAAAUUAGAAACAAAUGUACAUUUUUAAUGUGAAGCCUAGUCCAUUAUAUUUACGCCCAAUAAGAAUAUAAAAGUCCAUAAGCAAGUAAGUAGUGUCUUCUCCGACAAAACCCUACUUUCGAUCUGUUCGUUUCGAAUCCUCCGGCGUACUCGAUUCACCGGCCGAAAAUCUCCACUCAAGCGCGUCGCGGUAUUCACUACCAAAUCGGCGAUAAUGUCGAUGUCUAAGAGCUCAAAGAUGCUCCAGUUCAUAAACUACAGGAUGCGAAUAACGAUCCAAGACGGAAGAUAGCUAAUCGGAAAGUUCAUGGCCUUCGAUCGCCACAUGAACCUCGUUCUCGGAGACUGCGAGGAGUUCCGCAAGCUUCCGCCAGCUAAAGGGAAGAAGAUAAACGACGAGAGAGAAGAUCGCCGCACGCUAGGCUUAGUGCUGCUCAGAGGCGAAGAGGUUAUCUCCGUAACUGUCGAAGGACCACCUCCUCCCGAAGAGUCACGUGCCAAGGCUGGUGGCUCGGGAGGUGCUGUUGCUGGUCCUGGAAUGGGCCGUGCUGCUGGACGUGGAGUACCUACCGGCCCGCUUGUUCAAGCCCAGCCUGGGCUUGGUGGGCCUGUUUGUGGAGUUGGUGGGCCGUCUCCGGGGAUGAUGCAGCCUCAGAUCUCUAGGCCUCCGGUUAUGAGGCCUCCCGGGCAGAUGCUUCCGCCGCCUCCGAUGGGGAGAGGUCUUCCUCCGCCUUACGGUAUGCGGCCGCAGUUUGGUGGACCGCCGCCGCCUCCGUAUGGGCAAAGGCCGAUGGGUCCUCCGCCUGGUGGGAUGAUGAGAGGUCCUCCGCCGCCUCAUGGGAUGCAGGGACCGCCUCACCCUGGAAUGCAUCCUCCUUCUGGUGGGUUUGCUCCUCCACCGCGUCCUGGCAUUCCACCACCGCCGCCUAACCAGCAGCAGCAGUGAUUAGGUUAGCUAAAAGAAUGCCUUUUGUUUUGUGAGAGCAUUGUUAAGGUUUAGUCUGAUCUAUCCUUAAAAGUUUGUAGAUUUGUUAGACAAGUGAGAGUGUCUUUGCUUUUGUCUUCUUGCGUGUUUCUUGUAAGAGAGAUUCCAUUAAACCUUGUCUUGUUAUCUCACCGUCUUAUUGCAGUUUUAAACCUUUUAUGUGAUU